UGGAAACAUUUCUCCCUUUAUUAACAAUAUGUUCACACGACACACGUCUCGUGAUAUCGGCACUUUAGAUUUAUAAAGCAAACACGCCAAACGCACAAGGCGACAGAAAAACAAACACACUCAGAGAAAACAAAACAGCGAGUUAAAUUCUGGGUCGCACCGUCCCCAGAGCAGACAGCUGGGUGAGAAUGCGAUAGCAGCGCCGCGGCUAGACAGAACACUGCCUCUCACACGCACGCGUCCCGAACCGUUCCGUUACUACGCUUUUUUUUUUUUUUUCACGUUAAGUCGACGUCUGCCUUCACACGGGCUAUUUGCACGUCUAGAAAACACGAAGCGAUCAUCUGCAACGGUUCGCCCGAAAGACGAACCAUACACAACUGCGUAAGCUGUCGCGGCAGAUCGCUCCGCCUUUCCCGUUAACUGCGGCAGUGGCAACAAACGCUCGCCUACUCUAAAAAGCGCACGCGGUAAACUGUACCAACUGUACCGAGCUCAGAGCGAGGGCAACGCAAAGUCACACACGCACUCCCUAAAACAGGCGAGAUGCAGCGAGCCAGCCUGUUGGCCGUGCGGGCAUCUUCACUUUGGCGACACAGCCCUCGCAACGUAUCGGUCUCCUCGGCGCUCCGCAGCGACCAGCUGUUCGUCCACCGCGACGACGAGCGCAACAACGCCAAGGUCAAGUUCGAGUUCACGCCCGAGAACAUCAAGCGCGCUGAGGCGAUCACCAGCAUCUACCCGGAGGGCCACAAGAACGCCGCGGUCAUCCCGCUGCUCGACCUCGCUCAGCGACAGCACGGCUGGCUGCCCCUGACGGCCAUGCACUACGUCGCCGACUACCUGGGCAUGCCUCGCAUGCGGGUCUACGAGGUGGCCACCUUCUACACCAUGUUCAUGCGGCAGCCCGUGGGCCGCUACCACGUCCAGGUGUGCACCACGACUCCGUGCAUGCUACGCGGCGCCGAGGACAUCCAGGCGUGCGUCGAGCGCAAGCUGGGCAUCCGCCCGGGCGAGACGACCUCGGACGGCCUGUUCACGCUGAGCGUGGUCGAGUGCCUGGGCGCCUGCGUCAACGCGCCCAUGCUUCAGGUCAACGACGACUACUACGAAGACUUGGAGGCCAAGGACGUCGACGAGCUGCUGGACGCCUUCAAGCGCGGCGAGAGGCCCAAGCCCGGACCACGAAGCGGCCGCUUCUCGUGCGAGCCGGCCAAGGGCCUGACGUCGCUCACCGAGCCGCCGAAAGGGCCCGGCUUUAAGGUGCGAGCCCGACCUGUAGUUGCUGGACCGCGAGUUUGUUUAUAUUAAAAAUCUGUUAAGAAGAUGGCGAGCCCCUGCCGUUCCGAAAGAAACUUGACCCCCCCAUGGCUUUCGUGUGGUCACUGCUUGUCCGAGCUCCCGCUCCGCCGUCGUUUCCUGUACGAGCGCUGGUUGCGGAAGCCACACCGAGGCCGCUUGAACUCUGGUCUGCCGGCGUGCUCACUGGUUGUGGGACUGCGCAUGAAGGAUAAAAGAAAAACGUCGCACUCACGUCUCUGUCAUUCGGCUUGUUCUCAGUGACACACAUUGGGGGAAAACACUCGUUGUGGGACACCUGCCAGUACUUCCUAUACAUUUGUAGGAUUUCCCAAGAUGCAAAAUAAAGCCGGCAGUGAUGUAGGAA